GCGUUCCGCCCGGCGCGGCGCGGAGAGGCUGAUCACGGCUCCCAUCUCCCUGCUCAGUCUCGGCUGGGAGGUGGACCGGACGACUGACAACGGGUGGUGGUCUGACGACCCGAACAGCGGCACAGCGGGCACGGCGGGUCAGCCCAGUCGGGCCACAUACAGCAGCCGCGUGGACGCUAACUCCACCAUCAGCCGGCGCCUCCAACGGCGGUCUCCCUCCGCGCUCAUCCCCCGGCUGCGCCCGACCUGCCUGACCUGACCUGACCCGACCUGACCGCUGACCUGACCUGACCGCUGACCCAACACCACACCGCCAUCAUGCCGCCCCACGAGGAAGCCCACAACGCCGCCUUCGAGCCGGAGGAGGGCGCAUCGUCUCCCCCCGCCGCGUCAGAGGUCGCCGACCGCUCACCAGAGGUCGCUGACAGCCCGCCAGAGGUCGCCAGCAAGAAGCCCGAUCCGAUGUCUCUUGAGGAGGCUCAGAACCAUGUGGCUACCUCAGCUGGUAAAUUCGAGCGUCGCGAGCGCUGGAAGAUUCUCAAGAACGUGGUGGCGAUCUCAUUUGCCUUCAUGUGCCUCUUCACAUCGUUCCAGGGAAUCUCGAAUCUCCAAAGCUCCAUCAACUCAGAAGGAGGCGUGGGCACCAUGAGUCAGGCGGCCGUAUACCUGGCUCUGAUCCUGUCCUGUCUGUUCCUUCCCUCGCUGGUCAUCAAACGGUUGACCUGCAAGUGGACGAUGGUGGUGUGCACGCUGCUCUACUCGGUCUACCUGGCUGCCCAGUUCUACCCGCGGCCCUUCACCAUGAUUCCGGGUGCGAUCGUGCUCGGACUGGCCGCCGCACCCAUGUGGUCGGCCAAGUGCACCUACCUCACACAGGUUGGGCGCAUUCAUGCCGAAAUCAUCGGGGAGGACUCUGAGCCUGUCAUCGUCAAGUUCUUUGGCAUCUUCUUCCUUUUCUUCCAAUCGGCGCAGAUUUGGGGCAAUCUGAUCUCAUCACUCGUUUUAUCUCCGGGUGGCAAGCAACUGGAGGCCGUUCCGUCAGAGGAGAGCCUGGCCAUAUGUGGCAUCAACUACUGCCCCGGUAUAGAGUCGGCGUCCAACAACACGAACCUGGAGCGCCCCCCGGAGAGCCAGAUCUACACGAUGGCCGGCAUCUUCCUGGCGCUGGCCGUCGCCUGCAGUGGCUUCAUCGCCCUCACCCUCGACAAGCUGGACAGGUACGGUGAGAAGGAGCGCGCCUCGGCUGACACGCCGCCGCUGCAGCUCCUGCUGGCCACCUUCACCCACAUGAAGAAGCCGUACCAGCUGCUCGUCAUCCCGCUCACCAUGUGGUCCGGCUUCGAGCAGGCCUUCAUCAUGGCAGACUUCAGCAAGGCGUUCGUGUCGUGCGCGUGGGGCAUCCACCGUGUGGGUCUAGUGUUCAUCGUGUACGGCAUCGUCGACUCCAUCUGCUCAUUCAGCUUCGGCUUCAUCAUCAAGCGCGUGGGCCGCGUGCCGCUGUUCCUGGUGGCCGCGGCGCUCAACUACGGCGCGCUGGCGGCCUUCCACCACUGGCUGCCGCGGCCCGACGAGGCGCUCGGGUUCUUCCUGGUGGCGGCCGCCUGGGGCGCCGCUGACGCCGUCUGGCAGACCCAGAUCAACGCCCUGUACGGGGUCAUCUUCCCGGACACGGCCGAGGCGGCCUUCAGCAACUACCGCCUCUGGGAGUCGCUCGGAUACGCCAUCGCCUUCAUCAACGCCGAGCUACUGUGUCUGAGGCACAAGGUGGACCUGCUGAUCGCGGUGCUGACCGUCGGCAUGAUUGGCUACCUGGUCAUCGAGCUGCUGGAACGGCGCCGCGCCCGCGGAUCGCUCAAAGUCAGCAAAGAGUAGGGCGGACACGGUGACAAGAGUUUAACGAGUGGCACGGGGUGGAGAUAACUAUUUUUUUAUAAUGCCAGGAACCUAGCAUAAUGAGUAAAAUACAAAGAAUAACUAUUCUUGUGACAAAGUAAAAAAUUGCAACAAUUUGUUUCUGAGGUAUGUACUUUGUUAUGUAACAAAUCGAUGUUAAAGCCAUUGAUCAAGAGAGAAAAACGAUACGAGCAUAGAGUGUUAGAUCAAAAACGAUUAGCAUGAUUUAGCAUAGAGAAUCACAAACCAAAUAUUCAUAGACAUACGGAUAACAUGCUCAUUGUCUCGUUUGUUUCAAGUGAGUUCGGCACACCUUGUGUAAAAGCAAUAGGUUAAAGGUAAAGGUUAGGUAGUAUGGAAAUGAACGAUGGAGUCUUGCAUUCGUAAACGUUAGGCAUAUGAAGCGAGCAUUCGGCAGAAUGCCAUGGUUCUUUCAAAGCAUGCUAACAUUGAACUGCUCAAUGGAGACCGCAAUACCCAUGGACAUGCACUGUUGACGCUCAUAUCGAGUUCAUGUGUUGUAAAUAAUAAAUAUGUAAACUUGUA